CUCUGUGGCACAGUGGGCAAAAAAAAAAACCAUUGAGAAUGCUGAUCAAUUCGAAAUGUUGCAGGUCAAUGACGAAAUGCCAGAUUGCAUCUUCUAUCAAAGAUGAGACAUGAAUGGGAUAUAAAGAUGGGAUGAAAGACCCGGAAACUAUCCUCACCUCCAUCCUCAUCUUCAUACAACAACACAACAACAAAAAGUCUUAAAGACUCUACCUCUCUCUCUCAUACUUUGAGCAAAUUACCCGUCGAAUCUACGACUUCUUCAUUACAACCACACCACUAUCACAAUGGCCUCAUACCUCGUCACCGGUGCCACCCGCGGUCUUGGCCUCGAGAUGGUCACCAGCUUGGCCUCUCUGCCUGCCUCUCAGGUCAGCCUUGUCAUCGCCAGCGGCCGUUCCAAGAGCCCCGCCGUGCAGAAGCUUGUUGAGAGCUCUGGCGGCCGUGUCGUCUUUGUUACUCUCGACGUCACCAGCGAGAGCAGCGCCAAGGACGCCGCCAAGGAAGUCGAGAAGGUCCUUGGCGGUAAGGGCCUUGACGUCUUGAUCAACAACGCCGGUAUCAUGAACUACAGCCCCAAUGGCAUCAACACCAUGGACGACCUCGAGUCGAGCUUCAAGGUCAACGUUGCCAGCGCGCACAUUGCCACCAGUGCACUCCUUCCUGUCCUUGAGAAGGGCAACUUGAAGAAGGUCGUCAACGUCUCGACCAGCCUUGGAUCCAUUGCCAUGUCCAAGAACUAUGCGCUCUUCCCUGUCCCCGCCUACAAGGUCUCCAAGGCUGCUCUGAACAUGUUGACUGUUCAGUACGCUCAGGCGUAUGCCGAGAAGGGAUUCACCUUUGUCACUCUCAGCCCUGGCUGGUGCCAAACCGACUUGGGCAGCUCUGCCGCCGACUUGCCCAGCGACGUCGGCGCCAAGGCCGUCUUGGACAUUGUCUACAGCGCCACCCCCGACAAGAACGGCAAGUUCUUCAACAUCCGCGUGCCCGGAUGGGAGAAGAAGGAGGGUCUCAACCAGUACGACGGUGCUGAGCUCCCGUGGUAAACUGGUUUUUUUACAAGACUCUGUUAAAUGGCUGGCUCCAGUGCGACUCUGUGGAGGAUGAUGACCAUAUAUGAUGACGACCAUCAAAGAUAGCUGGCCUGUCUCUUUUGAUUGUAUUUAAAAAGUGAGCGAAUAGUGUACUACAAAAUGGCAUAAAACAUUGCUUUACUUUUCGGUCACCAUUUCCACGCCUGCACAGACAGACUUUUACUUUAUAACCCCUCGAAUGAACAAACAUGGACAGUACACAUAUACUUUUAUCCUACAGAAUCUAAUUUACAAAGUACCUAUACUUACGAAACACGGAUAUCCCAUGCAAGCGCCAAUCAACAGCGUAUCCCGCCC